AUGUGGUCAAUAGAUGAGUUCGUACGACCGGAAGACCAACCUUAUGAGGUCGAAAUUCUGAAAAAUCCCAAUAGUGUCGACUCGUGGUUCAAGUAUUAUCGGUCCAAGCGCGACGGGAGCUUCAAAAAUAAGAUAUUUGUUCUUGAAAGAGCAGUUCGUCAGUUUCCAGAAAAUGAUGAAUUUUGGUCUUUGUACUUGGAAACAUGUCAGAAAGAGCUCGCGAGCUCGAAACCAGAAGCAACAACAACACAGGUCAACAGGGUAUUUCAGAGACUGCUACUACACUUUCAAAACGAUGUUAACUGGUGGCUAAAGUACCUCGUCUACCUUCUCAAAACCCAACCAUUCGAAAUAUCUUUGAUACGACGAAGCUUCAACGAGUGUUUGUUUCGGAUUUCAGUAGAGGACCACGUCAAAAUUUGGCCCACUUACCUUGAGUUUGCAGAAACGGCAGGCGGUGCCACGGGUGCCAACAUAUAUCGCAAACUACUAUGUUUUGCAACUCCCGAAGAAUUGGCCAAAGGAGACGAGUUUUCCUCCUUGGCUUCGCUAGAGUCUGUGGUGUUCAAGCUCAUUGAAUAUGGCGACACAAAAUCGUCACUGGAAAUUCUCAAGCAAAUUUUAAACCAGCCCGCACUUUCGUCAACUUUGACUACUUCUCCAUUCCAUUUUUUCCUCCAUUAUCUCGACCUUCUUGUACAAUUUGCAGCUGUGCCAGAAACAGACAAGCUCAUUGAAGAUUUGGUCAAGUCGACGCUACCAAAAUACUCCGAUGAAGCAGGAAAAGUAUACUGCAAAGUCGCACAGUACUUUAUUAAGCGUCAAGAUAGCGACAGAGCUCGCCAGUACUUUGACCAGGGACUUCGAGAAUGUGUCACGGCUGAAGACUUUGCCUUGAUAUACGACUCGUACACUUCUUUUGAGGAAGAAAUUUUGCUGAACUUGGCAGAAGACGACCCUGAGGUGGACAACUACCUUGAGAAAUACGAGAAACUACUUGACCAGCGCUCACUACUUCUUAAUGAUAUGUUCCUACGCCAAGACGAAAACAACAUCGACAACUGGUUUGGCCGUGUUUCCAUUUUCAAAGAAAAAAAUGAUACAAAUUCUGUGCUCACCACCUAUGCAAGGGCGCUCACCCAAAUAAACCCUUUGAAAGCCUACAGUCUUCUGAAACGCUCUGAGCAUACUCUCCCGAAACUCUGGAGUGACUACGCCCAAGUUUACUCUUCUCACAAAGACUACGAUACUGCUGACUUCAUAUUUGCAAAAGCUGUGAAAACCAAAUUCAAAAGCCCCGACGACUUGGCUACAAUUUACAUAGAAUGGUCCAAGCUAUGGCUCGAGAAGGACUUUGAGAAGUCAGUUGCUAUUCUCCGGACUGCCUUGGAGAGUGAAAUCGAACACCCAGAUACAGUCGACUAUACUAAUUCCAGUGUACCGAUAUCCGAAAGAUUAGUUAAAUCUAUAAAGUUGUGGUCCUACUACCUCGAUCUCCUAGAGUCAAGCAUAGACUACGAAGAUCCCGAAGGCAGUAAAAAAGCUAUAGAUGAUGUGGAAAAUGGCUACAAUCGUUUGGUUGAACUCAAAAUUGCUACACCAUUGACCAUAGUGAAUUUUGCAUCUUUCUAUGAAGAUCUCAAAUUUUAUGAGCGUUCCUAUACGGUAUAUGAAAUGGGACUCAAAGUGUUUAAGGACUCUCGAGUAAGAUUCGAAAUAUGGAAUGUGUACUUGUCCAAACUAUACAAACGACAGGCGAGCAAAGAACGUACCAGAGAACUAUUUGAAAAAGCCAUCUAUGGUUCUGAAGACGACAGUUGUCCGGCUGAUCUUUGCAAGCCCCUUGUACUAUUGUACUCUCAAUUUGAACAUGAAAACGGAAUGGAUUUAAAGUCUGUCAAAGUGUUAAAAGACGGUAUCCAGAAAAUAUCGAAAGCCUUAGAUACAAAAGAACUCACCGAUAAAAGGGUUAUGGCGAGCGAUUUACUUGAAGAUAAAGUUGCAUUGUACAACAUUAUUCUAGUGAGAGUGGAAAGUAUUGGCGACAAGUCUUUAACGAGAGAAACUUACGAACAGUGCUUGCAGGAUAAGCACUUGAAAUUAUCACACAUUGUCACUUUUACGCUUCGUUUCAUAAAGUACGAGUCUUCUCUUGGUGAGACAACUCGAACUCGAGCUCUUUUCAAGUAUGUUUGCAAUCUUGGCCAUCCUGAGCUUCCCAUUUUGGUGAGAGCAUGGGACGAAUGGGAGCAAUUUGAGUUGAAAAAUGGAAAUGAAACAACUUUCAAGGACAUGUUACAGUUCAGAAGAACUGUUAAGGAGUCUUCAGAGGCCGCGGAACAGCUUAAAGCGGGUAUCAAUCCAAUGGGGUUUGUUAAAGAGAAUAAAAAAAGACCCCGGGAAGAAGAGACAAACAAUCCAGAUACCAUAGACAUAGAUAUGGAUUGA